GGGCCGGGGCCUAAGCGCGGAGGCGGCGGCGCAGCGAGGGGCCGGAGGAGCGCCGGGCGCAGGCACCGGUGCCAGCCCCCUGCUAGUGGCACCUCGUUGUCCACCUGUGAGCAGUGCUGGAGGACUCUGCUGCACGCUGCUUCCUGCCAGCAUCUCCAACCCAGUGCCCGGAGGGAUGUGUGUGGCAGUCCACUAUCCUGUGCCCGCUUCCCUGGUGACGCCUCCUGGUCCCCAAAGGGCCCCCGCUUUUGGUCGACACUCAGCUCGUUGGUUGGACAGUCACUGCCCGGGACAGGCCACCCGGGUGCCCCGAUAGGGCAACGGCCCCUGCCCUGAGGGCCGGGAUCAUGAAAGGCCUCGGUGACAGCCGCCCCCGCCACCUCUCCGACAGCCUGGACCCCCCUCACGAGCCCCUGUUCACAGGCCCCGACCGCAACCCCUACCUGCUGUCGCCCACUGAGACCUUCGCCCGGGAGGCCCGAUUCCCUGGCCCCAACACCCUGCCGGGAGAUGGGCUCUUCCCGCUCAGCAACCAGCUGCCCGCACCCAGCAGCACCUUCCCCCGCAUUCACUACAACUCCCACUUUGAGGUGCCCGAGGAGAGCCCCUUCCCCAGCCACGCCCAGGCCACCAAGAUCAACCGACUGCCGGCCAACCUCCUGGACCAGUUCGAGAAGCAGCUGCCCAUCCACCGCGAUGGCUUCAGCACACUCCAGUUCCCACGUGGGGAGGCCAAGGCCCGGGGCGAGAGCCCUGGCCGCAUCCGCCACCUGGUCCACUCCGUCCAGCGCCUCUUCUUCACCAAGGCCCCCUCGCUGGAAGGCACAGCCGGCAAGGUCGGGGCCAAUGGCAGCAAGAAAGGAGCUCUGGAGGACAGCAAGGGCCGCAGGGCCAAGAGCAAGGAGCGGGCCAAGGCGGGCGAGCCUAAGAGGCGCAGCCGCUCCAACAUCUCGGGCUGGUGGAGCUCGGAUGACAACCUGGACGGCGAGGGCGGUGCCUUCCGCGGCCCUGGGCCCACCUCCGGGCUGAUGACCCUGGGCCGCCAGCCCGAACGCACCCAGCCCCGCUACUUCAUGCACGCCUACAACACCAUUAGCGGCCACAUGCUCAAGGCUGCCAAGACCACCGCCUCCGAGCUCACGGCCCCGCCACCCCCGCCCGCACCUCCUGCCGCCUGCCCCAGCCUGGGCGUUGGCACUGACACCAACUAUGUCAAGCGGGGCUCCUGGUCCACGCUGACCCUCAGCCACACCCACGAGGUCUGCCAGAAGACCUCAGCUACCUUGGACAAGAGCCUGCUGAAGUCCAAAUCCUGCCACCAGGGGCUCGCCUACCAUUACCUGCAGGUGCCCGGGGGUGGCGGCGAGUGGAGCACGGCGCUGCUGUCCCCGCGCGACCCCGACUCCGCCACCGAGGGCCCGAUCCCGUGCCGGCGUAUGCGCAGUGGCAGCUACAUCAAGGCCAUGGGCGACGAGGACAGCGAUGACUCCGGCGGGAGCCCCAAGCCCUCGCCCAAGACAGCGGCUCGGCGCCAGAGCUACCUGAGGGCCACGCAGCAGUCGCUGGGAGAGCAGAGCAACCCCCGCAGGAGUCUGGACCGCCUGGAUUCUGUGGACAUGCUGCUGCCCUCCAAGUGCCCCAGCUGGGAGGAGGACUACAACCCCAUCAGCGACAGCCUCAAUGACUCCAGCUGCAUCAGCCAGAUUUUUGGACAGGCGUCCCUCAUCCCCCAGUUGUUUAGCCACGAGCAGCAGGUACAGGAGGCAGAUCUGAGUGACCAGUAUGAGGCAGCCUGCGAGUCUGCAUGCAGUGAAGCGGAGUCGGCCACGGCAGAGGCACUGGACUUGCCGCUGCCCAGCUACUUCCGCUCCCGCAGCCACAGCUACCUGCGUGCCAUCCAGGCAGGCUGUUCGCAGGAGGAGGACAGCAUGUCCCUACAGUCCAUCUCUCCCCCGCCCAGCACCGGCAGCCUCAGCAACAGCCGCACGCUUCCGAGUUCAUCAUGCCUAGUGGCAUAUAAGAAGACCCCGCCACCGGUCCCGCCACGUACCACAUCCAAGCCGUUCAUCUCCGUCACCGUGCAGAGCAGUACCGAGUCUGCCCAGGACACCUACCUGGACAGCCAAGACCACAAGAGCGAAGUGACAAGCCAGUCGGGACUGAGCAACUCGUCAGACAGCCUGGACAGCAGUACCCGGCCACCUAGCGUGACCCGGGGCAGCAUCACCCCAGCCCCUGAGGUCCCCGAGCCACCCCCAAAACAUGCAGCUCUGAAGAGUGAACAGGGGACACUGAGCAGCUCUGAGGCCCAUCCUGAGGCCAUCCCCAAAAGGAAACUGUCGUCUAUAGGAAUACAAGUUGACUGCAUUCAGCCAGUGCCCAGAGAGGAGCCCAGUCCCGCUACCAAAUUCCAGUCCAUCGGGGUUCAGGUAGAGGACGACUGGCGAAGCACUGUCCCCUCGCACAGCAUGUCCUCCCGCCGGGACACCGACUCGGACACCCAAGAUGCCAAUGACUCGAGCUGCAAGUCUUCCGAGAGAAGCCUCCCCGACUGCACGCCACACCCCAACUCUAUCAGCAUCGAUGCCGGCCCACGGCAGGCCCCCAAGAUUGCCCAGAUCAAGCGCAACCUCUCCUAUGGAGACAACAGUGACCCUGCCCUGGAGGCAUCCUCGCUGCCCCCACCCGACCCCUGGCUCGAGUCCUCCUCUAGCUCCCCGGCAGAGCCCACGCAGCCCGGGACCUGCCGCCGUGAUGGCUACUGGUUCCUGAAGCUGCUGCAGGCGGAAACGGAGCGACUGGAAGGCUGGUGCUGCCAGAUGGACAAGGAGACCAAAGAGAACAACCUCUCGGAAGAAGUCUUAGGUAAAGUUCUUAGUGCUGUGGGCAGUGCCCAGCUCCUGAUGUCCCAGAAAUUCCAGCAGUUCCGGGGUCUCUGUGAGCAAAAUUUGAACCCUGACGCCAACCCGCGUCCCACUGCCCAGGACCUGGCCGGGUUCUGGGACCUGCUGCAGCUGUCCAUCGAGGACAUCAGCAUGAAGUUUGACGAGCUCUACCACCUCAAGGCCAACAGCUGGCAGCUGGUGGAGACCCCCGAGAAGAGGAAGGAAGAGAAGAAACCGCCCCCUCCAGUCCCAAAGAAGCCAGCCAAAUCCAAGCCAGCAGUGAGCCGGGACAAAGCCUCAGAUGCCGGGGACAAGCAGCGUCAAGAGGCCCGCAAGAGACUGCUGGCGGCCAAACGGGCCGCCUCUGUGCGGCAGAACUCGGCCACAGAGAGUGCGGACAGCAUCGAGAUUUAUGUCCCCGAAGCCCAGACCCGGCUCUGAGAACCAGCAAGGAUUGAUACUUUCAAGUCUUUCGCGACAAAAAAAAAAAAAAAACCCACACAAACUAAAUGCAAAUGGAACAAAAUUUUCUCCACCUUUAGCACGGUCGUUGUCUAGAGACCCUGAGCCAACUUUCCGAUUGAUGUAUCCAAGGGCUCACAAUUUGGCUUUUUUGGGUCCCUUCCAGGUUUAGAUUAUGAAGUCUUCAUACAGAAGGAAGUCAACACACAACUCUUUCAAACUUUUCCUCCUCUUGCUGGCCUCGGUGGACUAGAUAGGUAGCCUGAGGUGGCCUGCGGUCUUGUUACCUUGUUCUAACGAGAACCAAUCUGGCUUGUUUACAAGACGAGCGUCCAAGGGGCAGCCUUGGGCAUCUGCCAUGUCCUCCCUCCCUGCUCACCCCGCUGUGACCUUGGAGUUUUCAUUCUUCCGUUGUUUCUCUUUCCCCCUUGAAGCUCACACAGGGGUCACCAUCCUGGCUGGCAGCUGACUGGUCCCCAGCCCUUUCUGUGGUUGGGGGCCCAGAGACAGACAAGCAUCUCCCUCCCACCAAGUGCUCACACACAGUCACACACGCGUGCACACGCAGACAUAGCUUCUCCCCGAGGCACGGUGCCCACUGCCCCACACACAUACACCCAUACCCCCAGCCAGGCCCAGGAUGCCUCUGGGCAGGACUGAGAGGCGGGCUCGAGGCUCCUCCGGGGAGGAAAUGAGAUCAAAGCCACAUCACCACACUCCUGCCUCUCCUCCAGCCCCCUCCUUCCAUGGACCGUCUGGCUCAGAGUGACACGCAGGGGACAAGAGCAGGACCUCCGUUUCAGGGGUCUCUGGCCCCGGCAGAGCCCGUGUACAGAACCGGGGGCGGGCGGCUGAGUCUACGUCGUGUACAUAUGCACAUAGACCUUAGAGUGUAUAUUUAACAAGCGCCCAUCUGCUCACCCGUGCCCACCAGCGCCACCGCUGGCUCUCGGGGCACCUGGCAGGAGGCGGGUGUGUGAAUAGCAUAUAUUUUUACAUGUACUAUAUCUAGGUGUGUGUACAAGUGUGUGUAAAAAUAUAGACCUUGUGUGUAAGCAGCCCCUUCCUCUUUUACUUUCUCCAGUCCCUCCCCGCCAUCCCAGGGGCCCACCUGCCCAGCCUGAGUUUAUUGUUCUCUUCUGUUUUUUUGUUUUUGUGUUUUUUUUUUUUUUUGUCCCAAUCCUCUUCUUUCCCGUACCCUUCAGUCCCACUCCCAGGGUGUCCUGACCCUGAGCUGCAAAAGGCCUGCAGGGCGGGGAGGCAGGGGAGCGUGGGCCAUGGUAAAAGAGCUCAGGCCACGGGGCUCUAAUCUGCUAUGGGGGGUACCUGGCGCCAGACAUGUCUAUGCGUCUGGGCUUGCUGCAAGGGCCUGCUCUGGGGCCCCAUUCCAGCUUGGCCGCCGUCUGUGACCUUGGGCAAGUCACUUGACCUCUGUGUGCCUCAACUUCCUCCUCUGUAACAUGGGGACAGUCCCGCCCCUCCCUACCUCACAGGCAUGUUGUGAGAAUAAAUGAGGUAAUGUGUA